AUGAAUUUUAAUCAGGUUACUUCUACAUUCGAAGUUUCAUCAGAUCAUGUACCAGCAAAUGAUAGUGGAAAAGUUGAAUUAACUGGUAAAGCUUCAGCUAUAAAAAUAAAUGAGCUCUCUAGUUCAGCUGCCAGCAGUACUAUUGGCUCUGAAUAUAUUGAGAAUUCCGGUGUCCAUAACGCCGAGAUCUAUUGCAAGUAUUAUUCUCAUCCAAUUAAAAGAAUUAUGGUCUUCUCAUCGCUGUUUUUGAUUGCAUUUGCUUAUGGUCUGGAUAAUUCUGUUCGGACCACGUAUCAGACAAUGGCCACAUCAUCCUAUUCCCAGCAUUCAUUACUUUCAACAGUGACUUGCAUUAAGAAAGUUAUAUCUGCUGCUGCACAACUAUGGUUCGCUAGGUCUGCAGAUAUGUUUGGUAGACCAACAAUUUUGACUAUAUCCAUUAUAUUUUAUGUCAUUGGUACAAUUAUUGAAUGUAGAGCAUUUGAUGUUUCAAGGUACGCCGCUGGUGCGUGUAUCUUUUCAUUAGGUCAUGCUGGUAUUGUACUGGUCUCUGAACUUUAUGUUGCUGACUUCUCAAAUUUAAACUGGAGAGUUACAGCUGCUGCUGCUCAAGUUUUACCAAACGUGAUUACGACAUGGAUCAGUGGAAAUAUAACAGGUGCUAUAGACAAAAACUGGGAAUGGGGGAUUGGUAUGUGGGCUUUUAUUUUCCCAUUGUCAUGUGUUCCACUAAUCAUUUGCAUCAUCCAUAUGAGAUAUCUAGCAAGGAAAAAUAAUGAAAAUUUAAAGGUAGUAUUCCAAAAACCAAACUACAUGACGUGGAAAGAAUACUGCAUUGACAUUUUUUUUUGGAAAUUGGAUAUCAUAGGGUUAAUAUUAUUAGUUGCAUUCUUUAGCCUGAUCCUCGUUCCAUUUACGCUGGCUGGUAGUCUCACGUGGAAGAGCCCAAAAAUUAUUGUUCCUGAAGUCCUAGGUUGGGUACUUGCAAUCCCGUUAUAUCUUAUUUGGGAGUUGAAAUAUGCUAGGUAUCCAUUAACUCCAUGGAAUUCCAUUAAGGACCGAGGUAUUUGGGCUCCAUUAAUAAUAAACCUUUUCCAAGAAUUUGCGUAUUAUAUGCAAAACACUUACAUGCUUACUGUCCUACUUGUUGCCGUUGGCCAAUCAAAGAAAUCGGCUACCAGAAUUAUAAAGUUUUACUCAUUUGUUGGGGUAUUAACUGCGUUCUUUCUCGGUUUCGUGGUUGCAAAAGUAAGAAGAACCAAAGAAUUUAUAGCCUUAGGUAUUGGUAUUUGGUUUGUCGCUUUCGGUUUGUUAGAACAUUAUGAAGGCGGGUUGGGAGCCAGGGCUGGUAUUAUUGCUGCAAUUUGUAUCUUAGGGUUUGGUAAUGGAUUCCUUAAAUUUCCUUGUAGAGCUUCGAUUCAAGCAGCAGCAAAUAGUCAUGCAAUGAUGGGUAUUGCCACCUCAUUGUUUCAAGCUGUAGGAAGUAUUGGAACUGCCUUCGGUUCUGCAGUUGCAGGUGGUAUCUGGUCCAACGUUUUACCUGGAGAAAUUAAUAAACGUAUCACAAAUAACUCAACAUUAGCAACGUAUGCGUAUGGUUCUCCUACCAAGUUCAUUAAACAAUAUGGCUGGGAAACCACUGAGAGACAGGCAGUUGUAAGUGCUUAUAAAGUUGUUGAAAGGUUGAUGGCAAUUGUUGGCCUGUGUCUGUUAGUUCCAAUGUUGGUUGCGUCCAUUUUCUUAAGGAAUAGGAGACUGGAAGAUGUUGUCUCUUUUGAUAAACUAGAUGAAACGUUUGACGAAAAGAGUACAGAUGAUGAAGAGGUUGUGAGGAUUAAACGUUAA